UGCUCAGAUGGAUUAUUACGGCACUCGGCUAGCGACCUGUUCUUCAGACAGAUCUGUGAAAAUCUUUGACGUUCGGAAUGGAGGGCAAAUCCUCAUAGCAGACCUCAGAGGGCAUGAAGGUCCAGUGUGGCAAGUUGCCUGGGCUCACCCAAUGUACGGAAAUAUCCUGGCUUCCUGCUCCUAUGACAGGAAGGUUAUUAUUUGGAAAGAAGAAAAUGGCACUUGGGAAAAGACAUAUGAAUACACAGGGCAUGAUUCCUCAGGUAUGUGGUGCUUGGAGCUGGGGAGUGAACCUGGGCAUAAAAGAGAGUUCAGAUGA